CAACUUUUUAUUAUAGUUUACAGGUAAUCUCUUCUCUUGCUUGCAGAUGUGGUAGCUUGCAACGAGUCUCAGUUGUCUCAGUUGAAUCAGCGAGUUAACACCAACGAGUCUCAUUCUACCUCCACACAGACAAGGACACAUGCACAUCCAAUAGCUUGCAAAAAGAGAAAUUGAAUCACGCAUCUGUUGAUCUAAUGCGAAUUCUGUUUCCAAAAAACCCCUCUGAAAUUUUCCCUAAUUUGAAUGGAAGCCCUAACCCUAAAACAUACCCCCCUCCGUGAAUCUUCCAAAUGUGCCCGUCUUUGGAUCCUUUAUCCAUAUCAACAUUUUUCUCUCUUCUUCUCUGGAGGCGAACUUUAAUCUCUCCGUUGUUUUAUUGGUCUCGAAGAGACUAAGCAAUUUGUUUUAGGUUUACAAUCAGUUGGGGAGUUUAAAAACUACACUAUAUAUACAUUAUUCUGUAUAGAAAAGGGAAGAUAAUAAGUUUUAAAGAGAAGGAAGAGAUGGAGAGCUCUGACGCAGAAACAGGCAUGGUUGAUUGUGGUGUUGGGACCAUCGUUUGGGUUCGGAGGCGGAAUGGGUCGUGGUGGCCGGGUAAGAUCCUGGGCCCCGAUGAGCUCUCUGCUUCUCCGCUCAUGUCUCCCCGAUCUGGAACUCCUGUCAAACUUCUUGGGAGGGAAGAUGCCAGUGUGGAUUGGUACAACCUAGAGAAGUCGAAGCGAGUUAAACCUUUCCGCUGUGGUGAGUUUGAUGACUGCAUCGAGAGGGCGGAAGCUUCACAGGGAAUGCCUCCAAAGAAAAGAGAGAAAUAUGCACGCAGGGAAGAUGCUAUCCUUCAUGCACUUGAGCUUGAGAAGCAAGUGCUGGAAAAGAAAUAUGGGAAACCAGGUGUCCAAUCUAAUAAUACCAAGUUACUAGGAAAAGACACAACUAUAACUCCAGAAUUAUCACGUGACAGUGGUAAACAUGUGGAUCUGUCUCUUGAUGACAAAAGAAAGGGUCUUUCCUUUCAGUCAAGGAGUCACCUGAAUGUAGAUGAUGUACCUGUACGUCCUAUUCUUUUCAAGCAUAAACUCUCUUCCUUGGCUGCUUCAAAUGGUUCCCAUAGGCAUGCUUCAGAUGUCCUUACACCAGAAAAUACGGUUAUUGUCGGUAGUAAAAAGUUGUUGGAGAAAAAAAAGGAAAAGGUCACAAGAGGGGAAUACGGAGGAAUCAGUUGUGGAAAUUCAGCACCCAAGUUUGAGAAAAGGGACGAGUCCUUCCCUGUUGCAUUGAGUGAAGAAAACACUACUGAAUCUAAUGAAGACACUGAAACUGACUCUUCUGGCACUGAAUCUCUGAUGUCGGACACAUAUGACGCAAUGGCUGCACUUUCAGAUGAAGCUGAAGAUGUUGAAUUCAUACCAAAGGCAUUUGGAAGGCAAGGGGUACAUGAGGAGAGCAUGAGUGAUGAUGAGUCAGGAGGAGUUCCUGAUGAUUCCGUAGCAACAGUCUCCAAAUGGCAGCUGAAGGGAAAAAGGAAUAGUCGCAGUUUGAGGAAGAGAAAGGGAUAUUCAUACUCAUACUCAUACUCAGGUGAGUACCAAAUAUACGAUGACGAUGACGAUGAUAAUGAUGAUGACGACGAUGAUGUGAGGAGGCAUGGGACCCGGAUGUUGAUUGAUGUUGAAGUAGGAGUGCAAUCAAGUUAUCAGAGAGAACACGUGCCCAUGAUUUCCCUGAUGAGCAAAUUGAAUGACAAGGCCAUAGUGGGUCACCCUAUUCCAGUAGAAGCCCUGGAAGAUGGUUCAUCUGAUGAUAUGUUCCAAAUGGAAUCAUUAUUAUUAUUAGGUGGUGGUGACACAAGUGCGCCGCUUCAACCAUGGAGGACCGCCAGGAGGACCGCCAAGUGUCGGGGGGUUGCAGUUGCACGGCCGCCUCAAUUUUUAUCAACAUUAGAGGAAGAAGAAGAAGAAGAAGAAGAAGAAGAAGAAGAAGAAGAAGAAGAGGCGGUGGCCUCCUUUCAGUUUCAGGAGUAUUAUGAUGAAGAUGGAAAAGCAAGUGUUAAUCGCAGCAACAGCAAGGGAAGAAAGUGGGCUGCACCAAAAAAGCCACAAAGGAGGACCACCUCAUCUUGCAGCAGUCAGAAAAUAAGGACGUUAUCAUCAAUAGGCGGGACCCAACAGCAACAACAGCAGCACAAUAUGGAUUUGAAAGCAGAAGGUGAACAAGGGAUAGGGAUGAUGAUGAUGAUGAUGAUGAUGAAACCAGAGUCAUUGCCCACAGCAGUUGCUUGUAUCCCUGUUAAAUUAGUGUUCAGUAGGUUACAUGAGGAGCUGGUUGCCCCCCGCCAUCAAUAA